AUGACCUCCUCCUACGUCCUCCUUCAGUACGGUGAAGACCCCUUCGAAAAUUCGUUCGAGGAUUUGGAGGGUCAUUUCGCGUUCUCCGUGUCUGAGUUCGAGCAGAACCCUAACCUCAUAAUGACGCUAUCCAGAGAGCCGGAAUGGGCGCAGCUACAUCCUGACAUUAUGGGCCCCAGUAAUUCAUAUCUCUACUUUGGUCCAGCCAAGUCUCCUGGCUAUCUUGUCUAUGGCAAUGGUCCGACGCAACCCAUGCUGAAUUCGCUACGCCAGAAGAAAGACGGCAGCACAUCUCGAUAUUUUACAGCACAGAACGGCAAGGAUUUCAAGUGGAGGAUUUCUCAGAACAGGAUGGAGUGCGUCGACAGCAGUCGGAACGUAGUAGCGACAUGGGAAGUCGCCCCGCCAGAGGUGGAAUACUACGCGCGAAUGACACUGAAGCACUCCGCGCUUGCCACCGUGACUGAAAUUUUGACAACCUUGACACUAAAUCGCAUGGCAAGAGCAUUGAAUUGGACUUCCGCGGUCUAG